GAGGUAGGUCAACAUCAGAUUACAGACCAGAUGGAGGAGGAGGAGGAGGAGCCUGGGAGCUCAGCAGAGACUGAGAGACCCUCCUCUUCUCACACCAAGAUGAAGCCUCCUGUUACAGCCAAGCACACCGGAGGGAAUGAGUCUGACACCUCGGACGAGAGUGGACAGGAAGAUGGCGCCUCUGACAACCCCUCAGAUGGCGUGUUGGUGGUACGACCUGGGACUGACAACAAGGAGAGCAGAGGAGCCAUGAAGCUGGACCUCUCAAGGAAAAAGACAGAUACCACUUUGCAGGAGAGGAUAGACUGCACCGCCUGUGGACAGCAGGUCAACCACUUCCAGCGCCACUCGGUGUUUGAGCACCCGAUGCUCCAUGUGCUCCUCUGCAAGUCGUGUUAUAAGUAUUACACCAGCGAUGACAUCAAUAAAGACGAGGUCCCCUCACAGAACACAGAAACAUGGACGAACAGUGCAGAACACAGAAACAUGGACGAACAGUGCAGGUGGUGUGCUGAAGGUGGCAACCUGAUCUGCUGUGACUACUGCCACAACGCCUUCUGUAAGAAGUGCAUCCUGCGUAACCUGGGGCGCAAGGAGCUGUCCAUGAUCACCGACGAGGACAGUAAAUGGUCCUGCUAUAUCUGCAGCCCUCAGCCUCUCUCAGACAUCGCCUCCAACUGCUCCAACAUCUUGACCAAGCUGGAGAGCUUCUGGCGCACGGGAUGCAGGAAAGAGAGGAAGGAGGUGAAAGGGCACAGUAAGGGUAAAGGUCACCACCACCAUGGUAAAGCUGUGGUGAACGGUAAGGAACAUUCGGACGGGUCAGGGACCCUCACCUUCUCCUAUAAGACCCCGAAGGUCCCCAAGGAGCUGGUGAAGAGGACCAAGAAGCUGAUUGAGACGACCACAGGGCUCAACAACACCUUCAUCCAUUUCAUCCAGCAGGCUGAGGAGGAGCAGGGAGCAGGAGGAGGUGGCAGCGGGACCAGACACCUCAAGGCCUUCAGGUCUGUUCUGGCUGAUCUGAAGAAGGCCCAUGCUGCCCUAGAGGAGGACUUGGAGUCACAGUUCACUUCCCAGGACCAGGGGAUGCAGAACGGGGAUGCUGUUUCCAACACCGACGGCCACGAUCAGAUUGACAACAUGGUUGAGGUUAGACAGGAGGCAGAAGAGGAUAAAAUGGCCGACACUGAGGACGGGGAGGAGCUAGAGGAGGAUGGGGGCUUGUCAGAGGACGCAGAGAUGGAGGGGAGCCCCGCCCCCGCGCCUCAGGACAUCUCGGACACAGAGACAGACAGCCAGGCCAAAGACCAGACAGCAGUGGAGGAGGAUGAAGAAGAAGAGGAGGAGGAUGGAGAGGAGGAGGAGGAGGGUGACCGGGAUAAAGACAUUGUGUCCGUCGGGCCGGCCGUCCCUGACGAGCUCUUCCAAAUGGUAGAGAGUCUGGCGGACUCCGCAGGGUUAACGCCCGGCAACGACGCCAUGGAAACCACCGCUGCUAGCCAAUCCGAGAGCUCAAACAGGAAGUCACUUGAAACCCAUAAGGAGAAGGCCAUGCCCAAGGUGAAGAACCUGAUCGUGAAGCUGAAGCCCGUUCCAGUGGUUACCACACGCAUCUCCAGGUCUAUGAGCAAGGAUAAGGAUGGAGGCAAGGAGAAGGAGAGGAGUAAGGAUGGAGGGAAGGAGAAGGAGAAGAGUAAGGAUGGAGGGAAGCAGAGGAGUAAGGAUGGAGGCAAGGAGAGGAGUAAGGAUGGAGGCAAGGAGAAGAGUAAGGAUGGAGGGAAGGAGAGGAGUAAGGAUGGAGGCAAGGAGAAGAGUAAGGAUGGAGGCAAGGAGAAGAGUAAGGAUGGAGGCAAGGAGAAGAGUAAGGAUGGAGGCAAGGAGAAGAGUAAGGAUGGAGGCAAGGAGAAGAGUAAGGAGGAGGUGGAGGAAGGUGAGGGCUCUGAGGAGGACAGCCGCCGCUCCAGCCGCACAAAGACCACACCCCUCAGGAAGUCACCGGAUGGGAAGAACAAGAUGGCCGAAUCCUCUCCGGAGAACAGUGACUCAGAGGGCAUGAGUCCCAGCAGGCUGAAGAGUAGAGCCAAAGGCAGCUCGGAGAAGGAACGUGAGGAGGAGGAGGAGGAGGAGGAGCAGCAGCAGAGCAAUGCCUCAUCCAAGGUGACCGCUGACCCUUCUAAACAAGAAGUGGACUCUGACUCUGACGAGGUUCUGGACAUCCUGCUCCAGACUGCAGCGGCAGAACACAGCUCGGACGAGGAUGCGCAGCAGGACGCCGAUGGUAACCAGGGCAACAGGAGCUUCAAAAGGUGCCUGUUCAAAGUCAGCAAGAAAGAUGGAGAGGAGGAGGAGGAGGAGGAGAAUGACAAGGUGAAGACUGACAAGAAGCUGGCGGCCAAACGCAAACUGAAAGCCGACGAUUCAGACAACUCAGAGUCCGACUCAGACGAAGACGCGAAGAAGAAGAAGAAAAAGAAGUCCUCCUCAGCUUCUGCCAAAAAGACAUCCCAGAAGAAGGGCUCGGACGGCUCCUCCGACUCGGACCUGGAGAUGAAGGGACUCAGCAAACUGGCGACGGGGAAACGGAGGAGCAGCCGUGUGAACAAGGAAAGAGAGGAGAAGGAGAACAAGGAAAGAGAGAAGGAGAUCAAGGGCGGAGAUCGGAGGCGGUCGUACGAACUGAAACGCAAAGCCAGAAGUAGAGGAGCCAAGCAGCAAGAUUCAUCGUCUGAUGACGAGGAGGAGGGAGGAGGGUCUGGAGAGGAGAGUGGAGACCAGCAGAAGAUUAAACCCAUCAUGGAGGAGACUGUGGUAGCAGGGAGGGGAACCUUCCACCAGUCCUCAGGAGAUGAAGGUAACCAUGACGCUUCUCAGAUGGCCGAUGAGGAGGAUGAUGAUGAUCCAGAGAACAGAAUUGCCAAGAAGAUGCUGCUGGCCCAGAUCAAGGCUAACUACUCUUCAGGAGCAGAGGAGAGCUCUGACGAGGACGGAGAAGAGAACGAACAGAAGAAGGGGAAGGGAGGAGAGGAGCAGGAGGAGGACGACAAUGAUGAUGAUGAUGAAGGGGGCUCUGGCUCUGAUGUGGACGUGAAGACGAGUGUGGGGCGUCGCCACCGGCUGCUCCGCCACAAACUGACGCUGUACGAAGUGGAGUCGGGAGAGGAGAAGGAGAAACCAGCCAGCAAGGGGAAGAAGAAGGAGACCAAGAGGACCAGACGGAAAGUGGGUAGUGAUGACUCAGCAGACUCAGACUUUAAGGAGUCAGCCAGCAGCAGUGAGUCAGGAGUUAGUGAGGAGAUCAGUGAGAAGGAAUCGUCGUCAGAGGAGGAGUCGGAGUCUGAGAAGGAAGGCAGUAGCCAAAAGAGGACCACGCGCUCCUCCAAGAAGAAGAAGAAGAAGAAGGAGGAGAGGAGCUACGCCCAGAAGAAGAAACGUCGUCGCAGGACCCAGGAUUCUUCAUCUGACGACAAGAGCGGGUCAGGAGAGGACGGCUCGGGGAAGGAGGAUGGAGACACUCCUAAAGGACAGAGGAAGAAGAUCAGAAAAAUCCUCAAGGACGACAAGCUGAGGACGGAAACGAGGGAUGCCCUGAAGGAGGAGGAGGAGAGGAGGAGACGCAUCGCUGAGAGGGAACAGCUCAGGGAGAAGCUCAGAGAGGUACUCGUGGUGGAGGAGGCGUCCGCCGUGGCUUGUCCAAUCACAACCAAGCUGGUGCUGGAUGAAGACGAGGAGACCAAGGAGCCCAUGGUGCAGGUUCACCGCAAUCUGGUCACGAAGCUCAAACCACACCAGGUCGAUGGGGUCCAGUUCAUGUGGGACUGCUGUUGUGAGUCGGUGAAGAAAACCAACAAGAACUCUGGUUCUGGAUGUAUCCUGGCUCACUGUAUGGGCCUGGGAAAAACACUGCAGGUGGUAACCCUCCUCCACACACUACUGCUGUGUGAAAAGUUAGACUUCUCCACGGCUCUGAUCGUCUGUCCUCUCAACACCGUUCUCAACUGGCUCAAUGAGUUUGAGAAGUGGCAGUACGGCUUCAAGGACGAGGAGAGUUUAGAGGUACACACUUACUCUGAUAUACCGGUGUCGUCUGCUUGGCAGUGGCAGGAGGAUGGAGGAAUCAUGAUCAUUGGCUAUGAGAUGUACCGUAACCUCACACAGGGUAGAAACAUCAAGAGCAAGAAACUCAAAGAGACCUUCCAGAAGACUCUGGUUGACCCAGGCCCAGACUUUGUGAUCUGUGAUGAGGGCCACAUCUUGAAGAACGAGGUGUCGGCCAUCUCUAAAGCCAUGAACUCCAUCAAGACCCGACGGAGAGUGGUGCUCACCGGCACUCCACUGCAGAACAACCUCAUAGAGUACCACUGCAUGGUGAACUUCAUCAAGGAGAACCUGCUGGGGUCAGUGAAGGAGUUCAGGAACCGCUUCGUCAACCCCAUCCAGAACGGGCAGGCAGCGGACUCCACAGACCAGGAUGUACGGAUCAUGAAGAAGAGGGCCCACAUCCUCUACGAGAUGCUCAAUGGAUGUGUUCAGAGAAGAGACUACUCUGCCCUGACCAAGUUCCUGCCUCCUAAACAUGAGUACGUUGUGUCCGUCAGAGUCACGCCCAUCCAGUGUACUCUAUACCGACACUACCUGGAGCACUUAACAGGUACGGGGAACGUGGUGGAGGGGGGUCGGGGUCGAGCCGGCACCAAACUCUUCCAGGACUUCCAGAUGCUCAGUAGAAUCUGGACCCAUCCCUGGUGCCUGCAGCUGGACUACAUCAGCAAGGAAAACAAGGGGUACUUUGACGAGGACAGCAUGGAGGAGUUCAUCGCCUCGGAGACCGAGGAAUCUUCUUUAAGCAUGACCUCUGAGGACGAGAAACAGAAAAAGAAGAAGAAGCGGGGGAAGGCCAGGAAGAAGGACAGUGACUCAGACAGUGAUGCUCUCGAGGUGAUUAAGGAGUGGAACACCAGUUCCCGAGGAGGAGACCCCUCCCGCCGCAACCGGGCGGAGCCACAGGAGGAAGUGCGUCCGGCCUCCAGCCCUGGCACCAGGAGUCCUGACUGGCACAAGGAGUUUGUUACGGAGGCUGACUCUGAGAUCCUGGAGCAUUCUGGGAAAAUGGUGCUGCUGUUUGAGAUCCUCCGCAUGGCCGAGGAGGUGGAGGACAAAAUUCUGGUGUUCAGUCAGUCUCUCAUCUCUCUGGACCUGAUUGAAGACUUCCUGGAGCUGUCUGGCCGAGCCAAAGAGGAGGAGAAACCCUCUCCCUACAAAGGUGAGGGGAAAUGGUUCCGGAACAUAGACUACUACCGCUUGGACGGCUCCACCAACGCCCUGAACCGGAAGAAGUGGGCAGAGGAGUUCAAUGACACCAGCAACGUCAGAGGUCGGUUGUUCCUGAUCUCGACCAGGGCUGGUUCUCUGGGCAUCAACCUGAUAGGAGCUAACAGGGUCAUCAUCUUCGACGCGUCCUGGAAAUGUGCGGACAUCCAGAGUAUCUUCAGGCUCUACCGCUUCGGACAGCUCAAGACCUGCUACGUCUACCGAUUCCUGGCUCAGGGUACUAUGGAAGAGAAGAUCUAUGACCGCCAGGUGGCUAAACAGUCUCUGUCCUUCCGAGUGGUGGAUCAACAGCAGAUAGAGAGACAUUUCACCAUGAAUGAGCUGACGGAGCUCUACGCCUUUGAACCUGACCUUCUGGAUGAUCCCACUGGCAAGAAGAGCAAGAGGACCACGCCUAUGCUGCCAAAGGACCCCUUCCUAGCUGAGCUGCUCCACAGCAAUAAGGAGCAGAUUGUGGGCUAUCAUGAACAUGACUCCCUGCUGGAUCACAAGGAAGAGGAGGCUCUCAGCGAGGAGGACCGCAAAGCAGCCUGGGCCGAGUACGAGGCGGAGAAGAAGGGUCUGUCUCUGCGUGGGAACCAUGGAGCGUACGGAGGACAGAUGGACAUGGGAGGAGCUAACAGCUACUUCCCCUUCAACAUUGCCGCACUGGCCUCUAUGUCCAACCCUCAGCUGGAGGAGUUGAUCAACCAGGGCCGUCAGAAGGUGAUGGAGGCCACCAACGCUCUCAAGUUCCUCCCCAGAGAAUCUCUAGAGGACACCAUCGGGAGAGUGUGGAAGGAGAACCCAGCCCUCACGGAGUCCCAGGUCCAUGCCAUGGCUCUGGGGAGACAGGCCAGUGUAGAGAUGGAGCUCAAACACAGAGAAGCUGUCUACAGAGAUGUCGUCAAUAAGCAACAGACUCUAAUGAUGUACGUUCAGAAGGUGAUCACCAACAGGAAGGUGAGAGAGCAGCAGAUCGCCAUGGCCAACCAGGCCCAGCUGAUGAGCCAGAUGAACGGCAUGCUGGGAGCUGGAGGGAUGAGCCAGAUGGAACUCUUGGGGUUGUACCAACAGCUGGGGGCGCUACAGGGUCAUCCCACCCACCCUUCCAUGGGCGGCAAGAACCCCGGUCCCUCCAAGGGCAACCUGUAAGGGGAGGGGGACCCAGGGCGUGCCCUACAUAGUGCACUAUCCACUAUCCAUAUUGGCUGAGUGCGCAACGUUAGACCAAUGUAGCGAAUAUGGUUCCAUUUGUGACCCAGACUGCCCCCUCGAUGUCUCAGCAGGCUGCUCCCUAAUGCUGCUCUGUCUCCUAUGUAGUGCACAAGAUGGAGCCCGGAGCCCUAGGGUUUUGGUUAGAAGUAGUGCACUAUGUAAGGGAUAGAGAGGUGUGUGAUCUGGGAACGAUGCCGCUGCCUUUACAACCCUUCUUCACUGGGGAGGUGAGAGACGACGCAGAGAGAAGGGUCUCGGAGCCCCUCGCCACUCCCUCCAGCUCUCCUGAAGCAGGGAAUGACAUGACUUGUAUAGGGACAAUACGAAGGGGUUUUAGCAAUUACAUUUGAGAUUCUGUAUAUACCGUAUUAAUGUUAUUCAAGUUCUCUUCUAUAUUUAAAGGAAAAACGGUAAACACUCUACGUUAUUCUUUCCCCUUAUAAGGAGGGUUUGUUUAAUGAAUGGAUUUUUCUGUAAGUUGUGUUUUGAUACAGUUUUAAUGAAUGCCUGUCUAGCUAAAGAACCCCCGGAGUGGGACCAUAGUGCUGACUAAUUGGUGACGGGACUAUUUUAGGAUAGCUACAAGAUGCGAUCACCUCUAGAACCCUCCCUCCACACGCAGGCUUAGCGGGCGGACACGC